CUCUAUAUUUCGGGAGACGAACAAUUCUAGUAUCUAGUUGAUAUUUUGUAGCGAAAAGGUGUUGAUCUCUAUAUGAUAAUUUUUUUUUUGUUUGAAAAUAUCUAAAAGACAUGUUAGUCACAUUCGUAUAUGGAAAUUUUAAUUAAAAAUCUUAAGAAGAUAGAAUACUUACAUAUUUUCAAGCUCCUAUGAGACUUUGAGAUGCUCAAAACUAUGGAUUUAAGAAAAAUGUCUGAGAAGGAUAUUGAAGAAAACCUUAAAGAAAUCCUCGGCAAAGAAUCGAGAGAAGAAAGAAAAGCAAAUGGUCGCUUAGUAGCUGUAGUCGUUGCAUCUUUUGUAAUAUUCUUAGCUAUUUACCAUGCUUGGAUAAGAAAAACUACAGUAUUAGCUGGUAUUUUAGUGCCAGCACUUAUAAUGAUACUCUAUGGUGGUUGGGUUGUUAUAUUAGCAAAACGUGAUAAACGAAAACGUCAGUUAUUUGAAAAGAAAAUCGAAGAAGUAGCUCGAGCACAAAAACUACAUCAAGCUGAAAUUGGAGAAUCAAAAAGAAAAUCAUCCAAAGCAUCAACAACUUCAAGUACUUUAAAGCUAUCAACUAAAGAUGAAAAAGAUUCAAGUAAAGAUUCAAAAAAGACAUCAAAAACAAGUCGCAGCAAAAAAGACCCCUCAACAAAAUCUGAUUCUUCUUCCAAAACGAAAUCAUCAAAAUCUGAUAAAAGCUCCAAAACUUCAAUACCUCAUCGUAAGAAGAUUAAAACGAAACACCCGCCCAGCCUACGACACAAACUCUGUCGUCAAAAUGCUGUCAUCGAAACACCAACUGCAAAAAUCGUGAUAACCUGCAAGGAAGAACGUAAAAAGGCACCAUUUGUUAGAACAUCAUCUGCACCAUAGUUAUACUUUUAAUUUAUUUUUAAGAAUACAUUUUGUUUAUUAUUAUUGUUAUUUGUUCUAUAUAGACUUUUAUACGAAUAUUUUAUACUAUAUGUGUAUAUUUUAUAUAUUAUUAUUUUUUUGUUUUUGUUUUUA